AUGCUUCGCCUCUUAUCAUCAUCCUCAGCCGCUCUCAGACGCAGGACCUUUGCUCUACCCUUUUUGCACCAACAAACUCCCACUCAUAUCUCCACUAAUGAUUCCAACCUCAAAUUCAUCUCUUCUCACUCUCAACGACAAUCUCUCACCAAUGCACCACCACCCAUGUCAGACGAAUCACUUAUUCUUUUCAACCGCUUCCUCCCAUCGUUGAAAAGUACCGAGAGUUACAACUCGGUGUUGGCGAGGAGUAGCAGCUCCAAAAGAGGGUUUACUGAUGAUGACAUUGUGGGGUUGGUUACUAAACUUGGUGAACAUGGAGUUUUCCCUGAUAUGUUUCAGCUUAUGGAUUUCAUAUCCGUACUGUGUUAUAAGCGGAAGAAUUGUGUAGCUUGGGAGCUUUUACGUGCUGUGAAGAAAUUAGGUGGUACAGUUGAAGCUACAUCUUGCAAUGUCUUGUUGAGAGGGUUGGGAAGUCAAAACGAUAUUCGGAGCAUGUAUAAAUUGUUGGCAGAAAUGGAUGAAAUGGAAAUAAGGCCCAAUGUCUUAACGUUUGACAUUCUUAUUGAUCAUUUGUGCAAGGCUAGGAGGACCGAUGAGGCAUUGGGGGUGUUCGAUAAAUUGAGAGGUAAAGCAGAAAGAAAUUGGGUUGGUGUUGAACCUCAUGUCAUCUUGUAUAACACUUUGGUUAAGGGACUUUGCAAAGCUGGGAGGGAAGAAGAUUGUUGA